AUUGACACUUAAUUUUUCGGUAUAACAUUACAUUUAUUUUUAAUGUUACAUUAUUCAAAUAAAUAGGCGAAAUGCAGUCUGUUGUAACAUAUGAGAAGCCACUGCCACAUUUAAGUUUGCCUGACUGGGACGCUCGGCUUUACGAUCUACAGGUUACCGCGGAUACAAGAAGAGCAGAUGCAUUCGACCUUCGCUACAGUUCUCAUCAGCUCCGCAAUGAGACCAGAAUCAAAACAGAAUGGGACAGCUAUCAUAACAACAACCGUCUUCGGGCAAGAGUCUAUGAAAUAGAACAAUGGAAGUCGACACUGCAGGAACUGUUAGAUCGCUUGGACAGAGAGAUGGCUGCUCUUAAAGAAGAGAAAGCUUCAACUGAAAGGGAGCUUGAACAGCUCAACUUGCCUCUCCUUGUGUGCUCUGAAUGUCUUUCGAACAGAGAUGGGCGAAGGAGCUCUGAAUUGACGUACGAUUUGGCUGAUACUGAGCUGAAGAAGGAACUGUGUGUAACUGAAAGCAACAAGAAAAUGUUGAUCGACCGAUGUCAGUCUGCCUGGGAGAAGAUCAACAAGUUGGAAGUUGUCAAGUUCAAGCUGCAACUGGAUCUGAACGACAAGAACGAGACGCUGCAGAUUGAUAAGGACAUGCUCAACCUGGAUAAGGAAUGCGCGAACAUCACAUACAAGACUGAUUCGCUGAAGACUCCGAAAAGAAUGAUAACAUACGACCAAUGGCUUCAAAAAUGUGAGGCUACGAGGGAUAUGGCGAUUAAAGAGCUGCAGGAUACCCUCCGACUGCGGGAGUUGUUGUUUGUGGCUCGAGGUCGAGCGAGGAACACGUUGCGAGCGCAGACCGAUGUCACCAACUAUAUGCUGCGGAGAAGGAUCUACGACACGCAACGGGCGAGGAAUGAGUUGCAGUGGCAAAAGAUGAAGAUGGAAGAAAAUAUGGAUAAACUGGCGCACGAGUUGAAAACUAUUGGAGAACAGUUUGCUGACAAAGUGAACGCUCUUAAGGUUGCUGAGACCAGACUUGAAACACGUGGCUACCGACCCGGCAUCGAAUUGGCAUCCGACGAGGCUGACAUUGGAAUGAAGGAAGAAGUAAUGAACCUCAGGGAGACCAUACGGCAACUUCAGGAGAAACAGGAUUGCGCAAAGGCAACGUACAACGCCCUCGAAUCUGCAUCGAUUAAGAUCUCCAUAGAUCUUAAUGACAAGGAACAAUCUCUGGAGACGGACACGAGAGCCCUUGAAAUGAGAGCGGCCCUCGAACCAAAGCGACCUCAAGGUACCGAUAAGAACUUGAUACUGGCGAGUAUGAAGGAUGAAGUUCCGGUUGUUGAAAAUUGAAUGUGGUGCUGAUUUUUAGCUAACCAUUUUGUUUUUGAUUGUUGUUCAAAUUGAUUGUGUUUUGAAUGUGUUCAUAUAGCGACUAUGAUCGAAUAAAAACUGUUGAGUAGAA